GUUCUGGAACAUUACGAACACGAACUGUCGUAUCAACAACACCUGCAUUAUCAGGGUUAUUCUCGCUACCUCUUUUCCAACCUUCCUUAUUGCAACAAUACUUGAUAUAAUAUACAGCUGAAGAACCACCAUUGAGCUUCGGACACGCUGAUUGGUUAUAAAUCCUCACACCAAAACCUUCAUGAUUCCCAUAAUCAACAUAAAAAUUAUAUGCAUCAUCUGGUGUAUUGAACUCUAAAUCCUUCCAAGAAUCACGAACAGUAGGAUCUAUACCAUUGAAACCUACAAACAUUAUGAAACAACAUAUUAAAUGGAUUCCACACCACAACAGUAUGAAAUCUCAAUGUAUACCAAUAAUUACAGCCAUGAUACAAGAGUUACCACCAUGGUAUGACAUGGUAAAAUCAAAUUACCACACUAUACCAUAUGGUAUGGCAUGGUAAAAUCAAACUACAACACUAUACCACAUGGUAUGGCAAGGUAAAAUCAAAUUACCACACUAUACCAUAUGGUAUGGCAUGGUAAAAUCAAACUACCACACUAUACCAUAUGGUAUGGCAUGGUAAAAUCAAUUAUCACACAUAACCCUCACAUUUAACUUCCUAAUUACCAUAUUUUACCACAUGGUAAUGUACUGUAAAAUCAAUUACCACAUGAUAAGGCAUGGUAAAAUCAAAUUACCACACUAUACCAUAUGGUAUGGCAUGGUAAAAUCAAACUACCACACUAUACCAUAUGGUAUGGCAUGGUAAAAUCAAUUAUCACACAGAAUCCUAACAUUUAACUUCCUAAUUACCACAUUUUACCACAUGGUAAUGUACUGUAAAAUCAAUUACCACAUGAUAAGGCAUGGUAAAAUCAAAUUACCACACUAUACCAUAUGGUAUGGCAUGGUAAAAUCAAUUAUCACACAGAACCAUCACAUUUAACUUCCUAAUUACCACAUUUUACCACAUGGUAAUGUACUGUAAAAUCAAUUACCAUAUGAUAAGGCAUGGUAAAAUCAAAUUACGACACUAUACAAACUUCAAUAAACAAACAAAUUUGUAUAUCUUACCUCCUGAUUCACCAGAGUUAGCUGAAUGAUCAAAUCCAAGAUCGAUAGAUGAAGAAGCAAUUCCAACAGCACUAGAUGAAGAACCAGAUCCUACAACGCUGGUUGAAGAACCAGAUCUAUCAAUUGGAACAACAUCGCCACAAUUUACGUAACUCAUCUCACCAGAAUACUGCAAAAACACCAAAACACAAAGAACAUAACACAUGAACAAGCUCGAUUAGCUAAACAUAAACAAGCUCGACUAGCAGCAAUGAAAAACCUCCAACGAAACCAGAGAUCAACAGAAAACUCGAUUAGCUAAACAGGAAGAAUCAAAAAAACUAAUAUCUAACCUCGUCGUCGAUCAAUUAUGGAGAAUCAGAAAAGAUUCGCCGUCCCCUGUUUCGCAGCGGCUGCUCGCAGUUUCUCUCUACAAAAACUGAAUCCAACUCGCGCACACGUCGAUCAAUUAUGGAGAAUCAGAAAGCUCGAUUCGAAGCUGCUGCUCGCAGUUUCUAUCGCCGUCGAUCAACCAUGGAGAAUCGCCGUCCUUGUUUCUCAGCUGCUGCUCCCCUGCUCGCAGUUUCUCUCUCCAAAAUCCGAAUCCAACUCGCGCACACGUCGAUCAAUUAUGGAGAAUCAGAAAGCUCGAUUCGAAGCUGCUGCUCGCAGUUUCUAUCGCCGUCGAUCAACCAUGGAGAAUCGCCGUCCUUGUUUUUCAGCUGCUGCUCCCCUGCUCGCAGUUUCUCUCUCCAAAAUCCGAAUCCAACUCGCGCACACGUCGAUCAAUUAUGGAGAAUCAGAAAGCUCGAUUCGAAGCUGCUGCUCGCAGUUUCUAUCGCCGUCGAUCAACCAUGGAGAAUCGCCGUCCUUGUUUCUCAGCUGCUGCUCCCCUGCUCGUAGUUUCUCUCUCCAAAAUCCGAAUCCAACUCGCGCACAGAAAGAUUCGCAACGGACAAAAGGGGAAACUCAUUAAUUCAAAUAACGGACAAAAAUGCCCCUGAUCAUCCCGCUUCAAUGACAGCCACACGAUCCGUCCGCCCCAGAUCAACGGUUCCUAGGUGGUUACUCACGGGUGAGUAACAAAGGGUUACUCACCCUAUCCUAAGCCAGAAAAUUGGUAUGCAUGUAUGGUAUAGGUUUCUGACACAAAUUCGUUUAAACAUAUCCAUUGACUGUCGUCUUUUGUUGUUUGAUAUACUUUAACUGUCUUAUUGUACAGUUAUCUAUAAAUAAAAAUUAAAAAGACUGUUAGAGGAUGGUGGUGUUUGUUGGCCAAGCAAUGGGUUAAGAUUUGAAGUUAAGGACGUUAAAUGAUUAAAUAGCUAAAUGCCAGAAGAAGAAGAAGAAGCAAGGGUACCAUACUACCAUAUAUUUCCUUAUAGAAAUUAAUGUAUCUAACUGGUCAAUAACGUUAUUAACUGCCGCUGCGAAAACCCCAUCCCGCGACAGGGACAAUGAAACUAAUCCCUUUGAAUUUGUGUGUAACUUGCAGAAAACUAUCUCAAGUAACAGCUUUCAGACAUCACAAUGCCAAAAUGUUAUUUGUUUAAAUCCAAAAUAUACAACUAACUUUAAUUUACAUGUCACUAAAAAACUCUCUUAAUACUUAAAUUAGUAGGACGUAACUCCAUUCGUCGUCCGAUAUUUUUCCUUUCAUUGCCAUCAUCUUUGCACUCUAAUUUCUGUUCAAAUAACUUAGUAACUUCUCUUGCCUAGUAUAUAGACACACCAAAAUAUGAGGCCACGAUUAUGAAUGCAAAAAAUAAUCACCAACAUGGUUAACCGAUCGAAUCUGACCCGAUUAAAUAUGAUUAAACCUAAACUACUAAAUCAAUUACGUUGACGUAUGUAUAAAUCCAAGAAUGGAUAUUAUGGUGAUGGGAGGGUAUGGUUUUUCUAUUAUCUCAUAUCAACUAGCCCGAUUAUAGAUGCAUAGACAUAUUUAUUAGAUGAAACAAUAAUAAAAUAUGGAUAAGCAA